GAUCCAGACAUCAUGAUUGUAAGAGAUCCCCCACUACAGUAAAUCCAUAUAUAACUGUCUAAAGAACAAUCUCCGCCUACUCCGCAAUUUCAAUUUUCAACCCUCCUUCCUUCAAUCAACUGAUUCAUCAUUCAACGCUAUUCAACCUCAAUUCCCUCUUCUGUUUUCUGAUUUAGGAUUAUCUAUUUCUCAUUUAUUUCAAUCUUGUAACCUUUUUUCUUUACUUUUUACUCUUCAUAAUUCAUUAUUACUGAUUCAUUUCCCAUCUUGUAAUCUAGUUUUGUAAUCUAUAUCAAUUAUAUGUAAACUAGAUUUAUCUUUAGCUUUAGAAUUAGGGUUUUCAAUUUUUCAUCUUAGUUUGUAUUUGAUCUGAUUUCUAUGGAGAAACCACGAAGACCAUUUGAUAGAUCAAAAGAACCAAUUUUAAAGAGACCCAGAUUGAUAGAAAAUCCAGAUCGUGCUCCAAAUUCGAGUGUUCGACCAAUUCAACAAAGAAAACAAGUGAAUUCUGGGAUUUCAACGUUGUCUUCUGCUUCACGGUUCAGGCAGAAUGAUAGAGAGUUGGAAAGUAGUGAUUUUGAUGGUGGUGGUUAUGAGCCGCAGCCGAUUCGGUUUGAGGACCUGGUGGCUCAGUAUAAGAGUGCACUUGCAGAGCUUACUUUCAAUUCGAAGCCGAUGAUUACCAACUUGACUAUAAUUGCAGGGGAGAAUCAAGCUGGUCAGAAGGCUAUUGCUGCCACUAUUUGUGCUAACAUUCUAGAGGUUCCUAGUGAACAAAAGCUGCCAUCUCUUUAUCUCUUAGACAGUAUUGUUAAGAAUAUUGGGCAGGAUUACAUAAAAUACUUCGCUGCCAAACUACCCGAGGUAUUUUGCAAGGCAUACAAACAGGUAGAUCCUUCUGUCCGUCAAAGUAUGAAACAUCUUUUUGGAACUUGGAAAGGAGUCUUUCCUCCUCAGACCCUUCAGAUUAUUGACAAGGAACUGGGCUUCACUCCAGUAAUCAAUGGUUCAUCUUCUGCAUCUACUGCACUCAGGAGUGAUUCACAGUCAAAGCAUUCGCCUCACAGUAUCCAUGUGAAUCCCAAGUAUUUUGAAAGACAGCGUCUUCAGCAGUCCAGCAGGACUAAAGGAGUUGUUGGUGACAUGACUGGAGCUAUUGCAAACUCAAAUGACGACCAUGAGAUGACUGAUAGAGAUUUGGGUGUUGCACGAGCAUGGAAUAAUCAGCGCACUCAUAGAGAUCCAUUCAAUGAUUCAGUUCCAGAAAAGAGCAUCAGUGCAUCAUAUGAAGACAAUGAACAUGGUUCCAAUCUUUCAAGGAAUUUGGGCAUGGGUAUUGGAAGAACUGAUGGUAGGGUUGCCAAGUUAGGACACAGAAAUUUGUCCAGCAAAGCUGCUGCUGGUGUUUCAGGGACCAUAUCUGGGCAAAGAAAUAGUGUUGGCCUCAAACAUAGUUUUUCAAAUACUGAAGCAUCUAUGCAUCAGCCAAUACGAAACAUAGCUGGAAUACAGAGAAAUGUGAUAUCAAGUAGCUGGCAAAAUUCUGAGGAAGAGGAGUACUCGUGGGAUGAAAUGAACACGGGAUUGACCGGUCAUGGUGUCCGUAACAACUUGGGCAAUGAUGCUUGGACCGCUGAUGAUGAGAAUUUGGAAGCUGAAGAUAACCACCACCAAAUCAGAAAUGUUUUUAGGGCAAAUGUUGAUAGAGAAAUGCCCAAUAGAUCUCAAGCCACUGAAAAGAAACAAUCACAUGCAUUUCAGCAUCAUCCAUCAUUAUCAUGGCAAUUGCAGGAGCAGCAAUCAAUUGAUGCGUUGGAUAGGAAACCGGGUCACUUGGAAGGAUCUAUGUUAAUGUCUGGUUCCUUACCAGCCAAUGCAAGUUCUUCUGCUGCCAGGAUGGGGAAUCGUGCUUUCCUUCCAAAUGCAAGAAUAGGAUUGGCAGAAAUUGAGGGACAACAAUUUCAUUCUGUGGGAUCUGAAUCCCCUUCCGGGCAGUCACCUUUGCGACAUCGGUCUCCAUCGCCACCAAGUAUUGACCACUCCCAUCUUAUGAAAAGUUUGGCUAUGCAAGACCAUCCCCACACUCGUAAAACAUCUCAUUUUUUGGGAGGUCUGCACAGUCAAUAUAAUGAAGAUUCUUCUCCCACCCUUGCUCCUAAUAUUCAUGUUGGAGACUUGCGAAGAUCAUCGCAACUAAAAGACUUGCAGGGUCCAUUACCUUCAUCAGGUUUUCAGCCAAGGUAUCAGCAACAACUGAGCUCUUCACACGCUGAAGUAACUAUUGAGACUGAGAAGCCACCUUUGUCCAAAGUUUCUCUAGCCAGAAAAACCUCAGAGCAGCCAGCCACAAGUCAUACAAAAGCUGCAAGUGUGAAGAAUGGAACAUUUUCCAACAUGCCAACUACUAGUAGUCUUCCAUCUCUAUUAGGGGCUCGGCCUUCUCAGUCAGGUGGUUCUUCCCAUGCCAAAAUAAUUUCAUCAGUGUCCGUAAAUGUCUCUCCAUCUUCACCUGUUUUGCCGAAAAGACCUCAAAGAAAGGCUGGACAACCACUACGGACAUCUACUCUAUCACCAGCUUCCUCGAAUGUUAGCAGUGCCUCAGCCCAGUCAUCGGGUGCCACCAAUCAUACCUCAAAUCCACUUGCAAACCUUUUAAGCUCAUUAGUUGCAAAGGGUUUGAUAUCCACAGUAACUGAGACACCAGCCGAGGUGCCGCCUGAGACGCUGACUCGAUUGGAAGAUCACUGCGACAGCUUUAGUACCAGUAGCUCUAUGCCUGUUGCUUCAUUGUCUGGUUCUGCAGCUGUCCCUAUCCCUUCUACCAAAGAUGAGUUAGAUGAUACUGCGAAAACACCUAUGUCGUUAUCUGAAUCAACCAGCACAGAUAUUAGAAAUGUCAUUGGUUUUGAGUUUAAGCCUAAUGUAAUCAGGAAGUUGCAUCCAUCUGUAAUUAGUGGAUUAUUUGAUGAUUUUCCACAUCAUUGCAGCAUUUGUGGCCUUAAACUUAAAUUCCAAGAACAGUUUAACAGACACUUAGAGUGGCAUGCCACAAGAGAAAGAGAAUGCACUGGUUUAAUUACGGCAUCAAGAUGGUAUCUGAAGUCAAGUGACUGGGUUGCUGGCAAAGCUGAAUGUCCAUCUGAGAAUGAGUUUACUGAUUCUUUAGAUUCACAAGACAGCGAAACAGACAAAGAUCAAGAGGAUGCAAUGGUUCUAGCAGAUGAAAACCAAUGCUUGUGUGUGUUGUGUGGUGAGCUAUUUGAAGAUGUUUACUGUCAUGAAAAUAGUGAAUGGAUGUUCAAAGCGGCUGUUUACAUGACUAAUGCUGAUAUCGCUACUGAGGUGGGAAUCAACGAUGUGAUUUCUGGAAGGGGUCCCAUCAUUCAUACAAGAUGCUUAUCAGAUUACUCGUUAUCGAGUGUCGUCAAGACGGAACUGGAUUAAAACAAGUUUAGAACACCGGAGCUCUGAUUUUAAUAAGAAUUAAUAAGCUGAGUGAACCGAGGUUUACUUUACUACUUUUACCGAUUCUUUAUAGCUCUUCAUGCUAAAUUUAUUUCUCUAAUAGUUUCUAGAGCUUUCAAACAAGUUUUGUACUCUUCUAUUUGUUUUUUUUUCCUUUACCUUUUUUUCAUUAUUUUUUGUACCCAGGAGGAAGCUUUAAUUCCUCAGUGUUCAAAGUAUAUACAUGCGAUAGUUUUUACAGCUCAACCCUUUGCUCAUUGAUGUGGUCAUUUUAUGUACAAUAAAGCGGAUUUGUGGUUUUUUAAACGGCAUAUCUGGGUGUAACAUAAAGCAAAGCACUUAUGCCAUAGUUGUCACAAAUGUCAGGCGGCAUUCUCUGUAACCAUGUAACCUGUAUCAUUAGAAUUUUAAAUUGCUACUGUAUUUCUGGUUCCCCUUUCUGUAUUUUGAGGGGUUUGAAAUUGCAGUAUUCCUCGUUACCUGGGAAAUACUUUCCUAAUUUCCGGAAAUUCAGGUUUAUUGUAAUAUAUAUGUUAAUAUUUUCCCUUUAAUACAACUGGGAUUUUCUUUUCGGUUGUCGCAUAAAUAAGAAAAAGUAAGGAAAUACAAUUUCUCAUUUCGAUUC